UUGGUUGGUUCAUUUUACCGGAAGUAGCUCAAAAUUACAUAAUUUCAACUCGGGGUUAUUUUAUCCUCAAAUUUCCCGUUUCUUCCCGUCAACCGAACCCUUUCACUGUUAAAAUGACAAGUGGAAAGUGUGUCUCCAAAGGGUGUGCUGCGCCUGGGCCCGUGCCAGCCGGUUCCAUCAGACUGUACAGCAUGAGGUUCUGCCCUUUUGCUCAGAGAGCUCGACUGGUGCUGAACGCCAAAGGGAUCAAGCAUGAUAUUGUCAAUAUCAACCUUAGAGACAAACCCGAUUGGUUCCUGGAGAAAAACCCCCUCGGUCAAGUGCCCACUCUGGAGACAUCAGCAGGGGAAGUGAUAUACGAGUCCCCUAUCACCUGCGAUUACCUGGAUGAGGUGUAUCCGGAGAAGAAGCUGCUUCCUGAAACUCCUUUGGGGAAAGCUCAGCACAGGAUGAUGCUGGAGAAUUUUUCCAAGAUAGCACCAUUAACCUACAAGAUCCCAUUGGGCAGACUGAAAGGCGAGGAUGUUUCCGGGCUCCAUGCUGAACUGAAGCAGAAGUUCUGCAUUUUAAACAAGGAACUGGCACAAAAGAAGACAAAGUUCUUUGGUGGCGAUUGUGUCGGCAUGACUGAUUACAUGGCGUGGCCGUGGUUUGAGAGGCUGGAGGCGUUUGAGUUGGAAGAUUGCUUGGACGGUUCACCUGAGUUGAAGGCGUGGGUGGAGCGUAUGUUCAAGGAUCCUGUUGUCAAAGCCAGCGGACACAGCGUGGAAACUUACAAGGACUACUACAAGACCUACCUGGAAGGCAAACCCAAUUUUGACUACGGUCUGUAGAGUAGAAACAACAGAGACCUACACACAACCCAUCCAGGUUUUUAUUAGAUAUGAUUUGAACACACAUAUUCCUAAAUAAAACUUGUUGUCUGGUACUAUUUUUUUUAA